AUGACCAUCGUCGAUCGUGCGCCCGGAAAUAGUCAUUCCACGAUUGGCGUAUGCUUGCUUUUUCCCCCCCUCGACCCACCCGCCGAAUGCUCCGUAGUCACCAGCUUUCUCAGCACGCCGGCUCCAGAGCACAGAGCCAAUAGAUCGGACCCGGCUCCUUCUGCCCCCGCAAUCUACGAAGACAUCUGCAAGAACUAUAACCUGAUCACCCGAGAGUUCAUUCUGGAGAAAGUGAAGUUGGGAUCGCAACGCAAAAUUGAGGAUGACCCCGUUCCCCCAGUCCCUCCUGAAGAGUUCUCACGAUCCAGCUCUCGAAAGGUCUUUUCUAUGCUAUCAGUGGAUGCAACCAUGACUGUCGAUAUUUCAAAUUCAAAGCAGUUCGCCUCCUUGGUGGGGCAGGUGCAGAAGAUUGCCGACAAUACGAGGGAUAACUUGAGUGAGGCUGAUCGUGUAGCGGCGCUCGCUGCUGCGCAUCGGCUGACACAGUCUCUGGAGAAGCCCCGGGAUGCUGUGAUCAAGAUGGCUUUCUCGUCGGUCCAGGUCACCUGUGUUCGGAUCGCGAUGGAUAUGGACGUAUUCACCACUCUCUCCAAGGAAAGCGGCCCGCUCACAUUGGAAGAGCUAGCGGCGGUCAAAGGGGCCGAUAUGGAGUUAAUGGAACGGAUCUUGCGUCUUCUCACGGCAAUCGGCUACGUUGACGAAGUCGGUGUGAGGACUUACGCUGCCACCGCCAUGACCCACCAGCUCACCGACAAAGGCAGCAUUGGGGCGAUGAAGUGGAUCUUUGAUGGCGGUGCCGUAAGCCUAGCAAAGAUGCCCGAAUACCUCCGCCAAACAAAUUUCCGCAACCCAACAACCGACCUUAGAAAGGGCGUGUUGCAAUACGGUGAACAGAUGGAGAUGCCCGUUUGGGAAUGGAUUGCCAGCCGACCCGAUCUGAAUGAGAGUUUCAACUCAUUUAUGGAGGGAGACCGUGGCGAUCGACCCGAUUGGGUUGACUGGUUCCCCGUGCAAGAACGGGUCAUCGAGGGGUUCCAGGGUGGCGAGAACGAUGUUCUUUUCGUUGAUGUUGCUGGCGGUCGUGGCCACGACCUGAAAUCCUUCCAGGCUAAAUACCCCAAUGCACCGGGGCGACUCGUCCUUGAAGAUCAGCCUCAUGUAUUAGAGGAGGCCCAGGUAAGUGCGAAGAUAGAGAAGGUGCCGAUUGAUCUGUUCAAAGAGCAGCCUAUCCAAGGCGCACGCGCAUACUAUAUGAAAUACGUGCUGCAUGAUUGGUCUGAUACACAUUCCCGGGCUAUACUGGAGCAGAUUCGAAAUGCUAUGAAGAAGGGAUACUCGAAGCUGAUACUCGAAGAGUUCAUUAUGCCGGAUAAGAAUGCAGGAUUUCUAUCGGCACUUUGGGACCUGCAGAUGCUUGUUUUCUGUAACAGCAUGGAGCGUAACAUCGAGCAGUGGAAUAGACUACUGUCCUCCACGGGGUUCAAAUUGGUGAAGAUUUGGUCUCCUCCCGGUGAUGGAAGCAGUAUCAUCGAAGCUGAAAGGGUGUAG